AGUUUUCCGAGCGUUGCCACUGAAAAGUUCUGUCAUAAAUGACUGACGGUGGGAACUGUCGAAAUGAAAUGCUUGGACUUCUUGUUUCGCCAUAAUAAGGGAGUUAUUUACAUUCUCUAUUUUAUGUUAAUGAUUUAUGGUCUGGCGAUGAUCGUAUGGGGCGUCGUUGACCGAAUCAUAGAUUCGGAGGACCAGUCAAGCACUUUCGCUGUUUGGAUGAUUGUGGGGGUUUGUUCCAUGCUAAAUGCUUCUCUUGGACUGUACGGGACAAAAAUCGACGACAAAUGUCUCGUCUAUGCCUCAAUUAUUUUCCUGUUUAUGACAUGCGUGUCUCAAAUCCUGGUCACUAUAAUCCGCAUCGCUGCGCCUCAGAAAGAUGCACCGAAAGAGAAAGCGCGCCUCAAGAAAUUGUUCAAUAGUGAAUUGCCCGCACUUAUGAAGGAAUUCCAGGAAAUUGAAAUCGAAUGGCAGUGCUGUGGAGUCCUCGGAUUUGAUGACUACGAGGAGAAAUUCGAUCCCCUUCUGGUCGGAUAUCCCCCCAGUUGUUGCGAGAGUGGCAAAAGGUGCAAAAAUCCCUACCCGAUAGGCUGUCACACCAAGAUUACCAAAGCCCAAUAUGUCGAAGAGCUGAUACGGGCGAUCAUUUUCAUCACUUUUUCAGUGCUAAAAUUUUGCAGCGCUAUUGUCAUUGCCAUCUUGACCAUUUGGCACGAGGAGUACUUCCAAGAAGAGAAACUCUGAGUAAAAACUGGGCGUUUGAUUGAUUUUGAUUCGCGGUAAUUACUGUUGAAAAAUCUGCAAAAACCGGGUUUAUAUUCGUGAAA